GUUGCAGCGUUGCUGGAAAAAUAUAUAAUAAUCAUCUAAGUUAAAAAUAAAACUGCCAGAUCGACAGUCCAACUACACAGGCUUAAACACAAAGUGUUGGUGCAGCAUUGGGUGGUGUGAAAGAUUUGUAUAUCUAAGUCAACAUUGAUGGUUUUCACCCUCUGAUUGUAUACACUGGGAAAGAGCAACUUGAGCCUAAAAUACCAUCUCAACACCCGGUUUGUCAAGGCUUCAAGUUAGUCUACAACUGACAAGUCUGUAGACGGACUGUAGACGGAUUAAUAUUGUUACAGGAAAAUCACCAAAGUUUUGGUGAUGCGUUCAAGUCACUGUAAAGAUGCACUGUAAUGUCUUGCCCACUCCAUGAAACCACAUUUUGAGGAGAAAAUUCAUAAUUAUAAUUUAAUCAUUUGGAUUAGCAACAAAUAAAAACAUGUGAAACAUACAACCAGAACAGUUGAAUAUGUGGAAGAUCCCAGCUUCCAUGAAUGCAGCACCAGAUUCACACCUGAUUGAGCCACACCCAUCUGUGAGUAAUCAGAGGACACACCUGCAUCCUUCAGGGUGUGAGUGAUUGUGGUGUGGAUUUCCAGGCUGGAUCAGCUCUAGAACUCUGGGCUCCUCUGGAUGGCGUGGUCAUCUCUGGUCAGUGCAGGAGGGGGGAUUAUGAGCUCCUUUGAUUGAUCUCACAUUAAGCCCUAAGAGCUUUAGGAGCAAACACGCCGCCUUCCAUGGCGUGAUCAGAAGGAACAAGCAGCUCCAACACCAUGAGAGUUGUCCACUGCUGUUCAGCGCUGCUGCUCUGCCUGACCUUGCUGCCAAACAACGGUGAGACCCUGCAGUGUUACACCUGCAUGGGCUCCAAUAAUGAGGACUGCAACCGGCAAGGGUCCAAAACCUGUCCCAGCUACUCUGAUGCCUGUGCUCUGGUGGUGGGUCGUGAGAGUGGUGUGAUGAAGUCAUGUUCUUACAAGUCAUUUUGCAGCCAGGCUAACAGCCAAGGAAACAGAGCCCCAGGUGUCAGGGUUCACUGCUGCUACAGCGACGACUGCAAUUUGACAAGCUUCGCCGCCCAUCUGCCAGAAGUCAACUUCCUGCUGUUAAUUCUGCCUUUGUUAAUCCACGCCUCUUAGAUGCAGGUGUGAGAGUGAGAACACACUGCCCUGGAGGGGGCUCUACACUGACCCCAAACUGUGAAUCUCCUGGCCUGUACAGCCAAAGACUAUAAUGGGGCUAACAUUCACAGACAGUCAGGAGAGUGGCCCCACGUCAGGCCUCAUUAGCCUUCAAAAGGCUUUCACGUUAAUUAAGGUGGUGGGAGAAGGUUUGUCUAAACGUGAAGAGCUUUUGAUGGAUCAAGGUGAUGCUGAGCUCUAGGUGAUGGAUUCCAGCAUGUCUGUCUUCCUUUAGUGGGGGUUAGUAGUACUUUUAUUCAGUCUGUUGAACAUGUCAUGGCUCAUUGAAGUGAGAAUAUCUGCCACCUGCCUGUUUCACCUACAGACGUUUCGAGACAAAGCUUACAAUUUGACGGAGUAUUCGGAAGUGCAAUCAUGGCCAAAGCCACAGCUGAAGUAUGAACAUCUCUGGACAAUAACACUGUCCUCCUCAGACAAGGCAUCGAAGAUAAAACUGAAGGUUAUCGCCAUGGCAACUUUGCUUUUUUUAAAAAUUGGAGUAUGCUUAAUCCCAAUCCUCUGGUACCUGAAGACAUUAUCACAGCAAAUCCCACUGUCAGUCAGCAAAGGACUGAGCCUGCUGCCCUUUAAGGGAGGCAGAGUCGCGAGGCGACCCGUCCCUCUACAGUGGUUUAUAAAGUAAAGCAGACAGCUAUAACUGCUGCAGAAUGCCACCAAUAACCCACACAUUGACUUCCUGUUAUUAUUUUUGUGCAUGUGGGUUUGUGUGAGUCUGUGUCACUCUUAUCAGGAAGGAUUUUGUCAUUUUUCUCAACUGCUUCCAUUUCACCGUGCCGCAGAAAAGAUUGACUUUUUGAGAAACAAUCAUGCUUCCAUAUUUUUGCUGUGAAAUCCACUCGCCGCGUCUUUAUUGCAUUUUAAUUACAUUAUUUAUUUGCCAGGUGCAUCGAUCUGCCCAGCCUGUUUGUAAUAACAGCAGGCAGCAGCAGAGCUGAUUAGACUGAUCAAUAUGAGAGGUAAGAAGAAAAUGUAAUACUUUAAGGACAAUUGUGCUUAGUCACGUCCUCCAAUCACACACCCAUUAGGGAGCUGCAGAAUUCAGGCGGAUUACUGGACUUAUGAUGGAUGACUGGCUGAAUGUGGGGAAUGACAGGACCUGACAAAGUAAAAAUAGUCAACAUUUUCAAAUUCAUACAGAGGUAAACAAGUACAUCCUAUAAUGUAUAUUUUCCGUUUUUGUUAUCUCUAUAUGUCACUUUGACGAGUGUUUUCUUUAGUGUAAAAAAACCCCCACCCAUAUUAAACAUAUAUUACCUAAGUUGAAAAACCAAAAACGCUUAGAUUACAAACUUGUACUUUGUUGUUGUUAAAGGUGAUAAAUACAUGAAUUCUUUCUGGUUCAAACUACCUGUGUAAUUAUUUGGUUCCCCAAGUACCAGCAGUAUGAAUGGCAUUAAAAUACAGCAUCGCAGGCCUGUACCUUUCUUGACUAAGAACAGUACAUGGAGAAUGAGCGUGUGGUCGAGUGUAAGGAAACAUUUACCAGUAGAAAGCUUUAGGGGGCAGUAUUUCAAGAAGAUAAUGUCAUCUGCCAUUUAUAACCAGUGAAAAGAACAGCAACAGAGAGAGGCAGAACCUUAUUAUAGGAUGGGAAUAGUGGUAUUUCUUUAAAAAAUAAAAUCUCCUUUCAUAAGUAUGAUGCAAUGUGAAGUGUUUGGAGGCAACACUGUAGUGGCUAAAACAUCUGAGGAUAAUUAAAGAUGGUACAAAGUUAUCAGUGGUGUAAACUCGUCCCCAUAGAAUGAAUUAAUGUGAAACAUCACAUUAACUCCUGACACUGUUUUAUGACAAGGCUUUUUUAUAGACAAACUAUGGUUUUUAAAAAUGGAUACAGUUAUAAGAUAAUUGUUUGACAAUAUUGAUUCAUUAACAUGACGCUGUGAUCUGACUGUAGAUGUGUAUGUGGGUCUAAAUGGUGGUCUGUCUCUAUAAAUGGCUUUGUGACAGACCAGAAAACCAGUACAAUGGCUACUUGCCUUUCACCAGGAUUGUACAGGUUCCAACUGCGAAAUAAGGAGAAAAAAUAAAUGAAUGUUUUUGUUUUGUUUUUGCCAAAUAGGAAUAAUAAUUAAAAAAAACACUGUGUGACCUUGGAGCUCGUCCACAGUGUUUGAAAUUCUGUCAUUUUAGUUCCUGGUCUGGCACACUUAAAGAAACGUAUUCAUGUGGGACAGCUGUGUCUGGAGUGACAGCAGUGUUUGGUUGUUCAGGGAUGAGACAGUCUGUUGGCCAAACUCUGCUGAAUGCAGUUCUUCACCAGAAAAACAAAUUAUACAGAGUGAGGUUUUAUUCAGUGUGUCUUACUGAUGCUUUAGAGAGGCGUCGGGAUGUAGAUUCUACAACUACAACUAUUGCUGUUAGGAUAAGUGUAUAAAUUGUGAAUGUGAACUUUUGAUUGUAAGAUGAAAGAACUUGUUAUUGUGGAUGAAAAGGCGGCAAAAUGACAGUGUGUGAAAGAGUGAUUGUGUUUACAUUAAUCAUCUCUGCCCCGGCCGGUCAGCUGGGGUUCACUCGGCGGUCACUGGUUCUAAGGUCGUGGGUCUUGAGUUUUUUUUUAAAAAGAUCUGUGAAGCAGAAUUAAAGUGAUCUACCUCCGUACUGAAGACCACGGGCUGUUUGUCUUUAAAACAGGAAAAAGUAAAAAAAAAAAAAAAAAGGAAAACAUCACGGGGAGAGCUGGGUUCCUGAAGAGAGAGCUGGGGAAGAGAAAGAAUUCUGCGUAAUGAGUGUUUUCCCUGCUUGAGCUACUUUGAUAUGUAACGUAAUGGCCCACCUUCUGUGAGGCCACUCUCUGGCUGGAGGGCUACAAGGAGUCCACUGAGAACAUCUGAAUAUGACAGGAAACAGGGCAGCAGUGGACGCCGUCGAAGGGUACAGAUGACAUUUCCACAAUCGGAUGACUAGAACAAUUGUAUCCUUUGUGUUUGCAAUAAAACACUUAGCCGGCGUCCAUGCUGCAUCCUUCUAAAGACCUUUUAAUUGAAACAACAGCAGUGGCAAUGUUCCGUUCACAGAUUUUCCUGCAAAUUGUUUUCUAAAAUAUAUUUCAGAUGUCAUGACUAUUCAUUAGCAGAUAAAUUCCAAGUAAACAGACUUUGAGCCAAUAUACAGCAAUUAGCAAAACCACCAUAUGUUCUCUGAAGAUUUCGCCUCUUUCCCCGUAUCCUCUCAUGAGGCGACUUUUUUGCACC